CAUAGGCAAGGCAGAGAAGCUCCAAGUUGCGCGACAACUCUGCAAAUUUAUCGUUAAUAAAGAAAGUUUCUGCAAUGCUUGAGUGAAAAAAUGAAAAUACUGCGUGAAAAAGUGUAAAUUAAUAUAAAUAGUUUUAUAUAAGAGUUAUUAAGCUCUUGCCGAUAGUGACUAACCUAAUUUCUAGCCAACAGAAACGGAUUUCACUAAAGAAAUCUAUUGUAACAGUAUCAGCAAAUUUCGGUGCGGAAGUAGCUGUAGAAAGUGCGACAUUAAAAGUGAAAAGCGUUGAAUAGGCUAAACGAGCUAAAGAAGAGUAAAUUUUAAAAUAACCCAUUUGUUGAAAUAAAAUAUAACUAUUAUUUACGAAUCGUGUGGAAAUUAAAUCUAAUUAGUUCAACUAGAAAAAUCUAUAAAUUUACAUUAUCUGUGUGUGCGCAAUCAAGCAAAAAACGAGGGGACAAGUGUGAGUUUAUGUGAGGAACAGAACGAGCUUAAAAAGAGGACAAACAAAUGAGAGAGCAUGAGAAGAAUACUGCGAGCAAAACAAAUGGCGAAAAAACGUGCCUUUGGAGCUUGUAAAGCACUAAUUUAUAAACCAUAUGCUCAAAAAUUGUUUUAAGUAACAAUACCGGCUUGUCUGGCAAGGAUAAAAAUUGCAGCAUUCGAAUAUUUACACAUGUUGGCUGAAGAUAUGGGUUAUAAAGCGAAUGGGGAGAGUGGUCAUAACGGCAAAGGUCGUAUUGAUAGUCGUGGGGCCGGGGACGACGACGAUGGGGCGGAUGAAGAAGAGAGUAGCACGUUUUAUGAGGCAGUCAGUGAACCGGAUCUUUGCUUAGAUGCUCUUAAAAUAACGAAUGACGUCACGUCUGUAAACAAAAUUACGUCGAGUGCUGCUGUUGAUGGAGAUGGUGCAGAAGAGGCUGAGGGUGCACGUUGCUUACCGCAGGCGACAGAUGUUAUUGACACCGAAUCUGCUUCGGCAUUGGUUUCGGAUACGUCAGUGGUGAUCUGCAAAGCCACUGACAUUGACACCAGUUGCACUCUGUUUGUGGGUAACCAGCGGGUGGAAAAUGGGGAAAGUAAAGAGCCGUUUUUUGAAGAAAAUUUUACAACACGGCCGAAACGAAAUAAGAAUUUAAAAGAUUUGAAUAGAAUAAAUCAAACAAUAAUGUCUGAUGAUCAACAACAACAGAAACAACGUCAGCAGACGCUACUUACAACAAAAUCGUGUGAGACCCCUGCGACUGCUUCAAUCUCACCAACUAAUUCGCACAGCGACAGUGGAAGUGUGGGUGGUGGUGCUCGCCGCAAGUCAUGGACACUUUCGCCACAGAGUGGUGACUCCACACCACAAAGCGGUGCAAAGAAAAAAAUUAAAACAGUAAGCGUAAAAUCUCCAACGGCGGCAGUGUCAUCAGUAGCUGGUACGGAAAACUUGAACUUAUGGGUUGCACGUGAAUGCUAUGAAACCGUUCCGGCCGAAACGGUUUAUGAAGUAGAAGAUGAUAUAGUAGCUGUAGACGAUGAGGAGGCUGCUGUCGAAAGCUUACUUGGUGCAGCAGCUGCUUUCCAGCCUAACACAACCAGUAAAACAGUGCAGCGGCGGCAAAAACAUCUACGACAGCCACAGCAUAGGCCCUUAGAACGCUCUUGGCCUCCCAGAGCUUUUGGUAAAGAUUUGAACUUGCAAGGUGAUGUAUUCAAAUUUGAUAUACUCGACACGGAUGAACGGAUUGAUGUGUAUGGUGGAAUUGGAAGCGGCUCCGCUGAUGGUUUUAGUAGCGCUACAAGCAGUACAAAUAAUUCGCCACUACUACUCCUAAACAAUGCUGCCCCUUCAUCCACUAGCCCGCAAUAUGAUCUGCCUUCUGGAACGAUAUCUCAGGCUCCGGUGAAAUUUAAGCCGUUAAUUAAGAAAAAAAUUGGUCCUGAUAGCUAUAUAAACACAAUUACAACAAAAAAGGUGUCAGCUUCGGAAACUUAUGAAUUCCCAACAUUCCCUGUAAAAGACAACGCGUCGGCUGGUAUAGGAAACGCAUCGCCAGUAAAUCAAUUUCCAUACAUACGUCAGCAUCGGCCACUAACGCGCGCCUUGUCAAAUGGGAAAGGCCCCGCACCAUGUAAUGCGAUUAACUAUGAUGAUUUGGGGGCUGGCACCACGCAUUCGCCACGUUUAUUGCUCUCUCCCAAACGUCAACGCAGUCCACCUUCCGGUUGUUCGACACGCAGUGCAUCACCUUUGGAUGUUAUCAUAAGUCCGGAAACAAGUUCGCCUUCUACGCCACAAACUCAGUUUAAAUUUGUUUCGAGUGUCGUUGGUAGUGGUGCGCCAUCGUCGCCUGCAACGCAUAUACGCCCUCAACAGAGGCUGUUAAAACGUGUUGGUGGUGGUGCCGGAGCGAAUCUUGUAUGCCCACCAACCCCCACACAUCAUGCUCGACGCCAGCAACGCUUACAAUCUAACGCUUCUGCAUUUGCAGCACAUGCUGAUAAUUCAUUUUCUAGUACCGCGACACCAUAUGCAUCGCCCAACAAUGCCAACCAAGGCGAGUACAACCUGGCUAUUAUUCCAAGGUCUCCACCCAUAGCCUUUGGGCCUGCCGUAGGGGGUGAAAUAACUGCCGCAGCGGCGGAAAACCACACGUUUGACUCGGGUUUAGAAGAAUCACUUGACACUAGCGGCGCAACAAAUGAAGCCUGCAGUACACGCUUACCUUCAAUCCCCGAACGGGGGACCGCUGCUGGCUUUCUUCAGGGCAGCGCUGUUUUCGGUGAAGGCGAAACUGCGUCAGAGCCCUUGCCCCCGGCAUGGGAGGCGCGUAUGGAUAGUCAUGGACGUAUUUUCUAUAUUGAUCAUACGACACGUACAACGUCGUGGCAACGCCCCGGCACGAAUGGUGGUGUAACCCUAAAUGGGGCAGGACGUGAGCACCAUCAUCGCCAACAAUUGGAUAGACGCUAUCAGUCCAUUCGACGUACUAUUACCAGCGAAAAUCGCCUAUCGAAUGCUUCCGUUUUUAGUGCGAACGAUAGUUCCGGUUGCAAUAACACUGCCAGUCCAUUUGCAAAUGCUAUUCAUAACAAUCAAAACACUGCUAAUAGCAGCAAUCAGCAAAUGUUUAAUCUUUCUGUACAUCCAGCUGUUGUUAUGCUCUGUCGUCCCGACUUUUACUCCAUGCUGCAUACAAACGAAGACGCUUUAUCGAUAUAUAAUCGAAAUCCGGCACUAAAACAUAUGAUUAUACGUAUACGCCGCGAUCCGCAGUGUUUUCAACGUUACCAAUACAACAAGGAUUUGGUGGCAUUAGUAAAUACAUUCGCUCAGCUUAAUCGCGACUUGCCCUCAUGCUGGGAGACCAAACUCGAUCAAUCCGGCAAACAGUUCUUCAUCGAUCACAAUAACCGUAAGACGUCAUUUAUGGAUCCACGCUUGCCGAUCGAAAGUGCGCGCGUAGUACGUCAAAGGCAUCAACAUCCUUCACAUCAGUCACCACAACUUUCAUCACAUUUUUCACAUGCACACCAUCAACACCUACACUUACAUCCACACCAACCGCAACAAUAUCAACAACAAAGUUCUCAUUUUGAUGUUUUUGAUGGGAAUUGCAUGUCUUCUUCUGGUGUGCCGCCAUUGCCACCUCCUAGGCCGGUUAGCACUGCACGUACCGGACCAAACGGGGCAAUAGGUGGCGCCAGUGGAGGUGCUGUUGGUAAUUACGAGCAGUACAACGAGGUGCCUGUAGCUUAUAAUGAAAAGGUGAUAGCGUUUUUGCGUCAACCAAACAUUUUGGAAAUUUUGCGUGAACGACAUGGCCAGAAUACAGUUUCGCGAUCUUUACGUGAGAAAAUUAAUAUUUUACGUGUGGAAGGUGUGCCAGCUUUGGAGAGAUUAGGUCAUGAUUUGCAGCUGACCAUUCUACUAAGUCUUUUCGAACAGGAGAUUAUGAGCUAUGUUCCUAUUGAAGAACGCAGUCCACAGGGUUCUCCAGUGCUCAACUCUCGCAUGCCGCAGCGUGCCCCACCACCAUUCCGGCGUGAUUUCGAAGCCAAAUUGCGCGGAUUCUACCGCAAACUGGAGUCGAAAGGUUACGGACAAGGUCCACACAAAUUGAAAUUACACAUUCGACGCACACAUCUGCUGGAGGAUGCUUUCCGGCGUAUAAUGUCUGCCAAUAAGAAAGAUCUGCAGCGCGGACGUCUUGCUGUUCUAUGGGACACUGAGGAGGGCUUGGACUAUGGCGGCCCCUCAAGAGAAUUCUUCUUUCUGCUCUCACGCGAGCUGUUCAACCCCUACUAUGGACUAUUCGAGUAUUCAGCUAAUGAUACGUACACCGUGCAAGUUUCACCGCUAUCGGCGUUUGUGGACAAUUGUCACGAUUGGUUCCGGUUCGGCGGUCGUGUAUUGGGCUUGGCACUCGUACAUCAAUACCUAUUGGAUGCCUUCUUUACACGCCCAUUUUACAAGGCGUUGCUGCGUUUGCCCGUCGCGCUGAGUGAUCUGGAAUCGCUCGACAAUGAGUUUCAUCAAUCGUUGCAGUGGAUACGUGACAAUGACAUCGGCACCGGCAUCGAUCUUGGUCUAACGUUUUGCGUCACCGAAGAGUUGUUGGGACGUGUGGUGGAGCGUGAAUUGAAAGCCGGCGGUAAGAAUAUUAUUGUUAAUGAGAAAAAUAAAAAAGAAUAUUUGGAACGCAUGAUUAAGUGGCGUUUGGAGCGUGGUGUGCAAGAGCAAACGGAAUCGUUGGUGCGUGGCUUUUAUGAGGUGGUCGAUGCGCGCCUUGUUUCCGUUUUUGAUGCACGCGAAUUGGAGUUGGUGAUUGCCGGUACGGCGGAAAUUGAUAUUAACGAUUGGCGUCUGAACACCGAAUACCGUUCGGGCUAUCAUGAUAAUCAUCAGGUGAUCAUUUGGUUUUGGCAAGUCAUCGAGAAAUUCACCAACGAGCAACGUUUGCGUCUAUUGCAAUUCGUCACCGGCACCUCGAGUAUACCGUAUGAAGGCUUUUCGGCACUGCGUGGCUCAACGGGACCACGACGCUUCUGCAUCGAAAAGUGGGGCAAACCGAACGCUUUGCCGCGUGCGCACACCUGCUUUAAUCGCUUAGAUUUACCGCCUUAUCCGACACCCGAGCUGCUCUAUGAGAAGCUGCUGUUGGCCGUAGAAGAGACGAAUACAUUUGGCAUAGAAUAGAAAUGCAUAGUAUGUGUGUGUGUGUGUAGAUGUGCUAUGAUAUACAGUAGCGUUUAGGGGAUUAGAGUCAGUCGCAAGUUCAUCUUAAUGAAUUAAGUUAAUUUAUUGAAAUCGUUGAUAUAAACGAAAGAAAAGUGAUAUUUUUAAUUACAAAUAUUUAUUUAUUUUCACAUUUACAUACUUACAUACUAUUUUUUAUAUUUAAAUAUUGUAGUUAUUUAAUAUAUUGUGACCAGGUCUGUUGUUUUUUCGUAGUUAAGAAAUAAUCGAAGUCAUUAUUAUUUAUUGACGUUAUGGAUUAACGGUUCUUUUUAUAUCGAUGAAACAAGUGUUUACAACAAAAGCAAUAAUCCCAGUAUUUCCGCUUUUUAUUUUUAUUAAAUGUAAUAGCUUUGAAACUUUAUGUCGUGCAUGCUUUGAAUUGCAUUUAAAACCAAGAAAUUAACUGUUGACAACAAAGUAACAAAACUUAUUAAAUCACGUGUGAGUAGAACUGUGCGAUUAUUUUUCGUAGAAAUUUGAUGAAAAUGAACAUUACAAAAAAUUCCCCAUACACUUUUGCGGGUCUCAUAUUAGAGUGAGACUGCUUGACCGACAUAAAUUCAACACAAAGAGCGAAAAAUUACUAUUGUUGUUGUUGUUGUAGCAGCUUACAAAAACUCUAUCAGUGCAAUGUAGUUACCGGUCGUCUUCGUCUAGCUCUUGUGUAGACCCAUGAAACAUGCUGUUUCGACAGGUUGGGUCCAAAGGGAGAAAAGGUGUUAGGUGAGCAGGUUUGAUGGGGCAUGUGAAAAGGUGGUUAGUAUCGUGUGGAGUGCCUUGGGUCUGUCGGGAUCAAUUCUUGAUAGGUAGGAGUUUAGGCUGCUACAGUAUCCAUAACGAAGUCGUACCCAUGGCAUUCGGUUCUACGUUACCGGAGUAAAUCGGUUUUUUUCCAACCAAGGGCUGCAUCCCCAUUAAACUAGCACUGUCUGGACUAGAUGACUAUUCUUUGCCUUUGCAAUCGGAACUCCAUAUUUAAAAAAAAAAAGUGCACCAGUUACUAGACUACUGUGAUUAAAUAGGAGUGCGACUAUGUGACAAUAUUAAUUUAUUUAUUCUUUCCAAAAAAGAUUUAGUAGUUCACAGUUGGAUUUAGAUUUCAGCUUAUCCUCAAUUACGUACACUAAAGAUUCUUAGAAACUUUGGGUUCAUCCCUUUGGCGACUGGUCAAGGCGCAUCCCUGCUUAGUCCGAGCGGUACAUUCUCCAUUUACCUUUCUGCAAAGGAAGAGUGGACGGGGUGCAGUAUUAGGAGGCAAGACCUGGUGAAUCUGUUCACGGAUGGCUCGAAAUCGGAUGGAAGUGUUGGGGAAGGAGUAUUCUGCAAGGCUCUCCCUAUUAAAUCCAAGUUCAGGUUACCGGACCAUUGAAGUGUGCUCCAGACAGCGGCAAUUAAAAAAGGAACUGAUUGGCUGCUCACUUGAGUAAUAACUGUCAGGAGGUAAAUAUCUACUCCGACAGCCAAGCGGCAAUAAGAGCUCUGGGCUCGAUGAUGGUGCAGUAGAAACUGGCUUCACUUUCGAUUGCAUCCGACUUAUUCGGUGUAAGCCUCAUCUGAGUAUCUGGUCAUGGCGAUAUUGCAGGAAACGAGCUAGCUAAGCAGGGGACCUAGAUGGGGAAGGUAGAUGCCGCGAAAUGAGAGGUUGACUACCUACAGUCUGCUCUUGGAGAUAUGGGCUUCAUGUCAACUCAGCGAAUGCUGGACAAGUAGACAAAGUUGUAAGGUCGCGAAAUCUUUCUGGCCACGAGUUGAUUGGAGGCGGUCGAGGGAUCUACUGGGAAAUACAAGUCGGUUCAGUCGGUUAGUUUAGGUUAAAUGGCUGCCCUAGCUUGGGGCCCACUUGGACAAAUAUUCAAAAAUUCGUCCGUGCCAUACAGGGGAAAGCAGAAAGGAGAAUGACGCCGAUGGUGGCUGACGCAUGGUAAGGAUACCCACCAAAUUCGAGAGCUGAGGCUUUGUUAGCCUUAGGAGUUCUCUCGAGCGUCCCCGAUCUACCCGUUGCCAGAAGGAUCUCGCGACCUUGCCUGCUAGUGCACUAGCCCAGCGCUCGCUGAGUUGAUUCGAGGCCCAACUUUCCAGGAGCAGACCACAAGCUCUUAGGGGAACCCCAAUCCUCUCAUUUCGCGACGAAACCGUCUCCAAAGUUCCUUGUGAAGCCAGCUCAUCAGCCCAGCAGUUUCCCUCUAUGCCGCUGUGACCGGGAUCCCAAAUGAGCCUCAUAUCGAAGUAUUCGGAUGCAAUCGAGAGAGAAGCCAGACAUUCCCCGACCAAUCUUGAACGCACAAACCACAAGCCCAAGGCCCUAAUUGCCGCUUGGCUAUCGGAGUAAAUAUUUACUUCCUUAUCGAAGUAAGCAACCAAUCCACUGCUUCUUUAAUUGUGGCUACCUCCGCUUGGAAAACACUAUAGUGUCCGGAAGCCUGAAUUUGAGCUUGAUGGGGAGCUCCUUCAGUUGGUACAAGUCGGCAGUCGGUUCUACAUUACCGCAACGGCCCGGAUUUAAAUCCGGCCAAGGACUGUGUCACUUUAGCGUCAUUCCCGUAUAUGUAUGGGGAAUAUUUCUGCUGCUGCAACAACAAUAAACAACAACAUAAUUGUUUUCGUGCUUUUUUAAGAAAUAGUCAAGUAGGUAUUUUUAGUGGUGACCCUCAAAAAGAAAGUAAACUAAAUUCUCAAGUCGGCUCAUAUCGAAAUUUAUUUUUUAUGUUUCUUAUCUAUAAAUGAACACUCAAAUAAUCGCACAGCAUUUCCAGAAAUUCUAGUUGCAUGACAGAUUAAUUAUUUCAUUCCAAAUAAUCAAAGAAUUUUCAAUAUUACUGACGCGCUGGUUUUUCACUUUUGUUCGAUAGGAAAUCA